AGACAGACAAAAAACGAUCGAAAAAAAGAAAAAAAAAAAAAGACGGCCGAACGGCGAACGUACGAUCCUUUGCUUUGGCCGGUAUCACCGCAGCUUAUCUCGUGCACUGAUUUUAAACCGCCUUUUCGCUCUCCCUUUUCUUUCCUCUUCCUCUUUUCUCUCUCUAUCAAUCCAUCUCUUUCCCUCCUCAUCUCAUUCAACAUGGCUCCCGUUACUACCACCAACGAGUUUCCCGCCAGCGAUGUCAACAACUACGACUAUGUGAUCGUAGGAGGUGGUACCGCUGGCUGUGUUAUUGCCAGUCGGUUGGCCGAAUACUUGCCCAACAAGCGUAUCCUUGUCAUCGAAGGUGGUCCCAGUGACUUUAUGGAUGACCGUGUUCUGAACCUCCGCGAAUGGCUCAACUUGCUGGGAGGCGAGUUGGACUACGACUACCCUACUACCGAACAGCCCAUGGGAAACAGCCAUAUCCGACACUCGCGUGCUAAGGUCCUUGGUGGUUGCUCGAGCCAUAACACCCUCAUUUCGUUCCGUCCCUUCGAAUAUGACUGCAAGAGAUGGGAGGCCCUUGGUUGCCAGGGCUGGUCCUUUGAGACCUUUACCCGCGUCUUGGAUAACCUUCGCAACACUGUUCAGCCCGUCCACAGCCGCCACCGCAACCAGCUGUGCAAGGACUGGAUUGAGUCGUGCUCGACCGCUAUGGACAUCCCCAUCAUCCCCGACUUCAACAAGGAGAUCCGCUCCAAGGGUGAGCUGACCGAGGGUGUCGGCUUCUUCUCCGUUUCCUACAACCCCGACGAUGGCCGUCGCAGCAGUGCUAGUGUGGCUUACAUUCAUCCUAUUCUGCGUGGCGAGGAGAAGCGUCCCAACCUGACAAUUCUCACCAACGCCUGGGUGUCUCGCGUUAACGUCGAGGGUGACGCUGUCACCGGUGUGGAUGUGAAGCUUCAGUCUGGUGUUCAGCACACCCUGCGGGCCAAAAAGGAGACCAUCCUGUGUGCUGGUGCCGUCGACACCCCGAGACUGAUGAUGCUCUCCGGUCUGGGGCCGCGCGAGCAGCUCUCCUCACUGGGAAUCAACGUGGUCAAGGACCUGCCCGGUGUUGGUGAGAACCUGAUCGACCACCCCGAGAGUAUCAUCCUCUGGGAGCUCAACUACCCCGUGCCUCCCAACCAGACCACCAUGGACUCAGAUGCUGGCAUUUUCCUGCGCCGCGAGCUUCCAAACGCUGCUGGCUCUGACGGCCGGGCCGCCGAUGUCAUGAUGCACUGCUACCAGAUUCCCUUUUGUCUCAACACUACCCGUCUGGGAUACGACGAGCCCAAGGACGCUUUCUGCAUGACCCCCAACAUUCCCCGCCCCCGUUCCCGUGGCCGCCUCUACUUGACCUCCGCCGACCCCUCCGUGAAGCCCGCUUUGGACUUCCGCUACUUCACCGACCCGGAGGGCUACGACGCCGCCACCAUUGUGGCUGGUUUCAAGGCUGCUCGCCAGAUUGCCCAGAAGGCACCUUUCAAGGACUGGAUCAAGCGCGAAGUCGCUCCCGGUCCCAAGGUGCAGACCGACAAAGAGCUGUCCGAGUACGGCCGUCGCGUCGCCCACACCGUGUACCACCCUGCUGGAACUACCAAGAUGGGAGACGUCAAGCGCGACCCUAUGGCGGUUGUGGACCCCCAGCUGAAGAUCCGCGGAUUGAAGAACGUUCGUAUUGCGGACGCUGGUGUCUUCCCCGAAAUGCCCAGUAUCAACCCCAUGUUGACCGUUCUGUCCAUUGGAGAGCGUGCUGCUGAGUUGAUUGCCGAGGAGGCUGGAUGGAAGCGCGAGCAGCCCCGUCUGUAAGCCUUUUCCUUUUUGGGUGGGCACAGAAGAAAAAGGUUGAAGCUUUUUUUUUUUCCUUUUCUACUAACAGCAUCGACGGGAAUUACUCGUGACGAUGUAUCUCAGAUGAUGUAUGCAUUACGCCUAUGGUUUUAAAUAGCGUCUUUGGUACGGAAAUCAACAUCCAGCAGAGCUACAAAGUUGGAUUGGGCCAGCGUGGAGUUGAUACGGAUCAAAUCUUUUGGUGGGAUUUUUUAUUUAUUUGCCGUGUACAGGAUAUUGGCAUUUUGUUCGCAUUUAGCGCCCAGGAUACAAAGAAGAUAGGUGUGGACUAUACAUAUAUACCAGAUUUUUGUACAAAUGAACC